GAUAAUGAAGAUAAGUGGGUAAUUAAUCUUGAUGAAAUUAAUCCUGAUGAAUCAGUUAGUAAUAUUUCAGAGGCUAGUCAGGCUUCAGAUUCAGAGACAAACAUUUUAUUAGGAAGUAGUAAUAUGUGGUUGUAUUUUAAUAAGAAUCCAACUGAUGCAUUUGGUUAUAAU